CGUGUUGAAGUGUCCAACUAAGCUGGUAAAAUCUGGCCUUUGACAUGAAUACUUUCUGAAAGGAAGAUGGUAGAUCUCAGUGAGUUGGGGUAUUUAAGGAGGGGAAGUCACCUUCUCUUUUGGCACCAGAAAUCGUUUCUCUUCCUCCUCCUCAUUCUCCUCUCUAACCCCUUGUUGAAGCCAGAGUGUGAGCACUUUGGAAGGCACUCAAGGUCAUACAAUAAGCCAGAAACAUGGUGAAGAUAUGCUGCAUUGGAGCUGGCUAUGUUGGUGGCCCGACCAUGGCCGUGAUCGCCUUCAAGUGCCCAUCCAUCGAGGUGGUCGUCGUUGAUAUCUCCGUCAGCCGGAUUGCAGCAUGGAACAGUGACCAACUUCCCAUUUAUGAGCCAGGCCUUGACGAUGUAGUCAAGCAGUGCCGAGGAAAGAAUCUUUUCUUCAGCACCAACAUUGAACAGCACGUCUCAGAGGCUGACAUCAUCUUCGUCUCUGUGAACACUCCUACCAAAACUCGGGGCCUUGGAGCAGGCAAGGCAGCUGACCUGACCUACUGGGAAAGUGCAGCUCGCAUGAUCGCUGAUGUUUCCAAGUCCGACAAGAUUGUGGUCGAGAAAUCUACGGUACCAGUCAAGACCGCAGAGGCCAUCGAGAAGAUUUUGACCCACAACAGCAGGGGCGUCAAGUAUCAGAUCCUCUCGAACCCAGAGUUUCUUGCAGAGGGUACAGCGAUCCAGGAUCUGUUUAAGCCCGACCGAGUUCUCAUUGGUGGCCGGGAGACUCCAGAGGGCCGCAAGGCUGUUCAAGCACUGAAGGAUGUUUAUGCCCACUGGGUACCUGAGGACCGCAUCAUCACCACCAAUCUGUGGUCUGCGGAGCUGUCAAAACUUGCAGCAAAUGCCUUCUUGGCACAGAGGAUCUCCUCAGUCAAUGCUAUUUCUGCACUCUGUGAAGCUACCGGAGCUAAUGUGUCGGAGGUGGCCUAUGCCGUGGGGAAGGAUUCGAGGGUUGGCCCCAAGUUCUUGAACGCUAGUGUUGGAUUUGGAGGGUCCUGUUUCCAGAAAGAUAUCCUUAAUCUGGUCUAUAUAUGUGAGUGCAAUGGUCUGCCAGAGGUGGCCGACUACUGGAGGCAGGUCAUCAAGAUCAAUGACUACCAGAAGAACCGUUUCGUGAACCGGGUUGUGUCCUCCAUGUUCAACACGGUCUCAGGGAAGAAGAUUGCUGUUCUUGGAUUCGCUUUCAAGAAGGACACCGGGGACACGAGGGAGACCCCUGCGAUCGACGUCUGCAAGGGUCUCCUGGGGGACAAUGCCAAGAUCAGCAUCUACGAUCCCCAGGUGACGGAGGACCAGAUCCGACGCGACCUCGCGAUGAACAAGUUCGAUUGGGACCAUCCGGCGCACCUGCAGCCGAUGAGCCCGACUGCCGUGAAGCAGGCGAGCGUGACAUGGGACGCAUACGAGGCCACCAAGGGGGCACACGGCGUCUGCAUCUUGACCGAGUGGGAUGAGUUCAAGGAGUUGGACUACCAGAGGAUCUACGAUAACAUGCAGAAGCCAGCCUUCAUAUUCGACGGGCGUAAUGUGGUCGAUCCAGAGACACUCCGGGCGAUUGGGUUCAUCGUGUACUCCAUCGGAAAGCCUCUGGACUCGUGGCUCAAAGACAUGCCUGCCGUUGCCUAGUAGAGUGCUUCAGUUUAAGAGGUGCAGGGGAUUAUUAUAAGGGAUCGAAAUUUAGCAGCUGAAGCUUAUGAUUCUUUAUAUGUUUCUUACAGAAUUCUCAUUAAUUAGGUUUCGGUCGAUGUCGUUCAUUUGCAGCUUUAAGUCGAUAAUAAUUGUAUGCAUGUUUCUGUCGGUAUUGAGAGAAUGAAGCUGAUGAUCUUUUGCAGUUUUUAUGAA